GCAGAAAAAGGAACCGAAAACUAGAUUGUUCGCGAAUCCGAUUCGAAGAAUUAGUAGAGAGGGAGAAGAGAUUCUGUCAUGGGUUGGGUGUGGAAGGACGAAGACAAAGAUGAGACCUCCUCUGCCGCUGAUGAUUUCGUGGCUGGAACUCCCAGGUCCCGCGAUUUAUGCGGUACCAGAAAAAUCGUGAAAUCUCAGUGCAAAACGGAAGAGGUUGAGCCUGGUAAAUACAUUAGGAAGUGUGAGAAGACUGAGGAUAUUCUCAGGGAUUGCGUUGGAAGGCCAGCUGAAGUGAUACAGUCUAACAAAGAGUACACUGAAGAAGAUGUGUCUGAACAGAUGAGAAAAGGAGAAGGAGGAAGGGGCUUCCCUUUCCACUCAUCUGAGAUGAAACCGUUUGAUUUCCCUGGCGUACGCAGUGAUAUCGAAGCCAUCCAGCGAGGACUUUUUUGGGGAAUUGGCGGUUUCAUUGAAGCAGCAGAAGAACUGAAGAACGAAUUCUUCAAUGCAUUUGAUUCUAUUCCCAUGUACAAAGAAGGAGACAACAACAAGCCUUCAUCAUCGUCGCCAUAUCCUCCUGUUGUGCAGAGACCACCACCUAUAGGGAAAGAAGAAGAAGAGACUCCUUAUAAAUCAGGUGAUGUCGAUCUUUCUAGUCUUGCUAGGGAUGUUUGAGUCAUGCUCUUACAUUUCUUUCUGCGUGUGCAUUACGAUAAGAAUAAAAAACAUAUUUGGUGUUUUUCCAUGAUAAGACAAUGAUCUAAUUGCUAUACUUGAAAGACCACCACCUAUAGGGAAAGAAGAAGAAGAGACUCCUUAAAAAUCAGGUGAUGUCGAUCUUUCUAGUCUUGCUAGGGAUUCUUGAGUCAUGCUCUUACAUUUCUUUCUGCAUGUGCGUUACGAUAAGAAAAAACAUAUUUGGUGUUUUUCCAUGAUAAGACAAUGAUCUAAUUGCUAUAUACUUGACAAUCAACAUACCCUUUAGUGUUUCUCUGGAUAAUUUAUAUUUUUAUUUAGUUC